UUAUUCAACAUUUCUCAUUAAAGAAAACGCUCUUCAUCACCUCAAUUUUUCCUUUAACGAGGGGUUUUGUCGACGAACGAGCCAUCUGGAGAAAGAUCAGUUUCCACCAUGUUAAUCCCAGUUCCACAGACGGACCGUCAACUAUUCUUGGCAGCUUCGUAUGUUUUGGACAUGUUUGUGUUUUACGAGUAUGCGACCACUUGGAAGCGACCACCUCCGCCUAUGCGACGGCCGCAUACUGAAAAGACUGCCUUGUCGAGAUGGAUGUUAUGGAUUCACAUAAUCGGAGGUUUUGCUGAGUUGUAUGGAGGUUUAUUCGCUCUUCUCUUGCCUCGACAUUGGCGUAGCGCAUACCAUUUCACACAGCUCACCUUUUUGUCGGCGGCAAUCAUUCAAGUGCCAACAUCCCUCUUUUUCGUACCCUCAGUAGCCGGUGUCAAAACACUCAUGCAUCCCGGCUACAUUUGUGUUUCUGCAAUGCACAUGUACGUUGCAGUGUCCGGUCUAUGGCAAAUGUACACUGGGACAGCGUUCCCUACCGAUCAACUGGAGGCUACAGUUGCGAUUUUACACACUUAUGCAUGGGUUCGGAUGUUUUACUGGUUGCUAAAGUAUCUGGUUGGGGACGAGCGUAAACUCUUGACUACGGUCAUUUAUACAUUUUCGGUGACUAUGGCGGGGCUUUUGACUGUUUCGCAUGUGUUUGGUCCCAAGGGGAAUGGAUUGUUGGUCUCAGGGUGGGUGCUAUGGGGGGCGAUUGGGACGAAAUGGUUGGGAGUGUACAGGAAGGAAAUGGAAGGAAUGACUGGGUCGACCGGGCGGAUUAUUCGAGCGCAAACGAGAAGAGGUAGUCGUCGGGUUUCUACUCUUCACAUCUCGUUCCCUGGGCCUAUUCGACGGGAACGCCUACGCUCGAAAACUUCAUCGGUGCGCCAUUCUCCCAUUGACACAGUAGCGCCAGAACUACCAUUACCUUCGCCGGCCUCGUCACCAACGGGGAUAGACUCGGCGGUUGACGUUCGACCCACAAAGCCUUUCGACGAGAUUCCGCCUUCUUGAGCCCUAUGUCCCAUGGGUUUUCCCCUUGUAUUUGCCCCGAUAUAGAGUGUCAUAUAGUUUUCAGUACCUAGAGCUGCUGACAGAUGCGCAACCAUUAGACAAUUCAAUACCGUAAUAUAUACCAUCUAUUAGCAUCA